UUUUGCUUUUUUUUUUUUUCUUGGUAGUCUGAGUUUUAUGUCAUUACAUGAUUUUAGUCUGAAUCAACUUCUCUUCUUGAAUCUUGAGGCAUUAUUUUGCAAUGGAAAACAUUCUUGGACUUCUGAGGAUAAGAGUAAAAAGAGGUGUAAAUCUUGCUGUUCGUGAUCUUGGUGCCAGCGAUCCUUUUGUUGUCGUCAACAUGGGUCACCAGACAUUGAAGACUCGAGUGGUGAAAAAGAACUGCAAUCCUGAAUGGAAUGAAGAAUUAACUCUUUCCAUUGAAGAUCCCAUUGUUCCAAUAAAACUAGCAGUUUUUGACAAAGAUACGUUCACUUUGGAUGACAAGAUGGGCGAUGCACACAUUGAUAUCAAACCAUACAUUGCGAGUCUUAAGAUGGGCUUGCAAACUCUCCCUAAUGGCUGUGUGGUCUCCAGAGUUCAGCCGAGCAAGGAUAAUUGCCUUGCCGAUGAAAGUUGCAUUGUGUGGAACAAUGGCAAAAUCACUCAAGAUAUGCAUCUCAGAUUAAGAAAUGUAGAGAGUGGUGAAGUGGAAGUUCAAGUCGAAUGGCUUGAUGUUCCUGGCUGCAGGACACUGGAGGUUGAAGGUAUCAGCUAAACAUUAUUAGCCUUAUAUCUGCGACAUGUUUGUAUAUGGACUCAACUUCCAUGACUUUGCUUGAAAUGAGUUUCUAGUUACUCGUAUAUGUAAUGAAUAAACAGAAAGACAUUAACACUGAGAAUCUUUAGCAUCACAUAUAUAUAUAACAGGUGGCCAUGCUGCCAAUUGCUUGUGCUGAAAA